AUGGUUGACUUCGAAUAUGCACCAUAUGGUGGAGGUACGGCUCAAUCAACUAUGAAUCAACAAGAAUUGGAUCAUUAUCUUGGAGGAUCAUAUGGUGGUGGAGUUGCUAGCAUUAGUCGACGUGAGAUCAUCGAACAUUUUGCAGAAUUUCGUCGAGCUAUUCAUGAAGGACCUGUUUCACUUGUUCAACAUUAUUACAAUACAAAUUAUGCAACAAUGAUGCAAAAUUAUAGUACAGAAUGGCCUUCAGCUGAAGCAUUGAAAGAACAUGUUGGAGAGGAUCCAUUAUUUCUUACUCUAUACAAAGAAAUGUACUUUCGACAUAUUUACGCUUCGAAACCGGGCGGUGUUUCCUUAGAAGAACGGCAAGAAUCUUAUAUGAAUUAUAUCGAUCUAUUUAAUUUGGUUUUGGCAAAAGAACAACCCUUAAAAAUCGAAUUACCAGAUCAAUGGUUAUGGGACAUCAUCGAAGAAUUCAUCUAUCAAUUUCAAUCAUUUUGCAAUUUUCGUACAAAAUUAGCUAAACGAUCCGAUGAUGAUAUUGAACAAUUAAAACGAAAUAUUAAAAUUUGGAAUGUUCAUGCUGUACUCAACGUUAUGCACAGUCUCGUUGAUAAAUCACGAAUUGUUGAACAGUUAGAAGCAGCAAGAAAAGGAGUAUCAUUCAAUCCUGGUGGUGAUUUAUUUUGUCAAACAAAUCUUUACAAGAUGUUCGGAUAUUUUAGUUUGAUUGGUCUAUUAAAAUUACAUACAUUAACAAGUGAUUAUUAUAUGGCAUUGAAAACCAUUGAAUGCAUCGAUUUAGAUGUUACGAAACAAAAUAAUGUCUGUCAAGUAUUUCAUUGUAUUGUAGCAACAAAUUAUCAUGCCGGUUUUUGCUAUACAAUGAUGCGAAAUUAUGAAGAUGCUAUAAGAGUGUUUGUUGAUACAUUACUCUAUAUUCAACGUAGUAAACCAAUUAUGGUUGCUCAAACAUUUCAAAAUGAUGCAGUUAAUAAAACAGCUGAUCAAAUGAUGACAUUACUUGCUAUUUGUUUGACAUUAAAUCCAAUGCGUAUUGAUGAAACAAUUUAUUUACAUUUAAGAGAAAAAUUUCUCGAUAAAUUACCUAAACCAUUACUUUGGGUUGGACCAGAUGGAAAAUUACCAUUUCGAGAUAGCUUUGCAUAUGCUUGUCCAAAAUUUAUCAGUCCUGCACCAACAAUCUUCGAACAACGCAAUGAUACGCAAUGGGCUGAACCUUUCAAUAGACAAAUAGAAGUAUUUACUGAGGAACUUCAAGAACAAGCAUACAUUCCUGAUGUUCGAAGUUAUUUGAAAUUAUAUACAACAAUGAAUAUUGAGAAAUUAGCAACAUUCAUGGAAAAAACACCACAAGAAGUUAAGCCAUUAUUAUUAACAUUCAAACAUAAAUUAAGUGGUAAUGAUGUCACACAAAAAACGGAAGAAGAUUUUCAAUCAUCAGCAGAUAUUGAUUUUUAUGUAGACAAAGAAAUCAUCUAUAUUGCGGAUACAAAAAUAACUCGACGUUAUAGUGAUUAUCUUGUUAAACAAAUUCUAAAAUACGAAGAAUUGACACGAUCGAUUGGUGAAGGACUAAGUCCGCGUUUUAAUGUUACCAAAUAA